AUGAAGCCAUAUCGUCGGGCUAAUAAAUUAUUUAUGAUGCAACUGCGCUCGACGUCAGGACUUGCGAGGCUGAAGGUUCUGGUGCGGGAGUUCGCCACCGACGUGCACGCCCUCUGGCGGUACGGCGCGCCGUUUCCCACCUUCCUCAAACUGAUCGGCACGUUAAUUCUAUGUCUGCUCGCUGUGAUGCCUCUCAUCUACCCCAUUUUUGUGGUGCUCGUCACCUACUUCACAUUCGAAGGACUUUAUCUUAGCUGGAGAUUAGACCAACCCAAACUGUUUUACCCGUCGAAUAUACUGAGACGUGCUCUAUCCAAAGUAUUCCGGCCAAACCAUGUGCAGGACGUGUGGAAAGUCCGCGAGGUCCUCACCAGGGGCGUCCUCCUUGCCCAUUCCCUGGCCACAUCAGUUGACUACCUCUGUGUCAUGCAAGGCCUUUUGGACGAAACUUAA